AAAUGGUCAUUACGGAAGGAUUUGGGCCGCCGGAAAAAUGGUCUCAGAAAAUUGGAUUAAACAUUUUGGGGAUGAGUUUCCCUCUUCGAAUGAAACAUCCCUUUGAGAGCGUUUUUCUCCGUAACCCUAUUGAGCACCUUUCUUCCCUCAUAGAGGCUCCCUUGUGUCGUCUGCUUCAUUUGUUCAGUUCUCGUCACCUAUCAGAGAGCCUCUUACCGGCCAUUGUGGUUGGUCGUCUAUUCCGCCAUUGUUCGCGGCCACUGGCUAUUGUAGGGUCAUUCACAGAAGAGGUGUAGUGUCUUCGUUGAGGGACUAAGGUCGAGGGUCCCUGGUAGGGUUUUCUCCGCUGUCGUCAUCUACUAUUCUUGCUAUCGUCUCAAGAGUGUUAAAAUCAAGUGCAUUUUGUUUGAAACAGUCACCAACAGAUUCACAUCUAGUGAGGGUAGCAGCUUGUGCUUCAUUGUCUGAUAUAUUUACAAGGACGAGUACUUUAUCUGUGGUGCAAGUAAAGCAAAUGUCUUACAUGCAACUAUCUCAGAAGUUUUACGACGCCUUCAAGCUGUGUGGGACUUCCCUCAAAUCCCCACUCAUUGCUCGCAAACUUCAUGCCCAACUCAUACUCUCCGGCUUGGACGCUUCCCUUUUUUUACUCAACAAUCUACUGCACAUGUACUCCAGCUGCGCCAUGCUCGAUGAUGCUUUUCUCGUUUUUCGCCAGACCAGUCACCCCAACACCUUUACCUGGAACACCAUGCUCCAUGCUCUCGUUUAUUCUGCUCGGAUGCGCGAAGCAGAGAACUUGUUUGAUGAAAUGCCUGCAAGAAUGAGAGACUCUGUUUCUUGGACCACAAUGAUAUCUGGUUAUUGUCAGAACGGCCUCCCUGCUCACAGCAUCAAAACUUUUACGUCAAUGCUUCGAGAUUCUGGUCAUGAAAUUCAAAACUGUGACCCCUUUUCCUAUACUUGUACAAUGAAGGCUUGUGCUUGCCUUGCCUCCACUCAAUUGGCACUUCAGUUGCACGCCCAUGUAGUCAAGUUACAUUUGGGAGCCCACAGUUGCAUUCAUAACUCCCUGGUUGAUAUGUAUAUUAAGUGCGGAUUAAUCCGUUUGGCUGAGGCUGUUUUCCUUGACAUUGAAAGCCCGAGUUUGUUUUGUUGGAACAGUAUGAUUUAUGGAUAUUCGAAAUUAUAUGGGCCCUUUGAAGCUCUCCGGGCGUUCAACCGAAUGCCUCAUCGUGACAAUGUUUCAUGGAACACGCUGAUAUCUGUGUUUUCUCAACACGGUCUUGCGGUCCGUUGUCUUAGUAUGUUUGUGGAGAUGUGCAGUCUGGGUUUUAGGCCCAAUUUCAUGACUUAUGGUAGUGUACUCAGUGCAUGUGCCAGUAUUUCUGAUCUAGAAUGGGGUGCCCAUUUGCAUGCUCGGAUUCUUCGAAUGGAACAUAGCCUGGAAUUAUUUUUGGGAAACGGUCUCAUAGACAUGUAUGCCAAAUGUGGAUGCUUGGGACUGGCGAAACGUGUUUUUAAUGGUUUAGGGGAACGUAAUCAAGUUUCUUGGACUUGUUUGAUCGCUGGGGUGGCACAGUUUGAACUUGGCGAAGAUGCUUUGACACUAUUUAACCAAAUGAGAUUGGAUUCUGUGGUGUUGGAUGAUUUUACUAUUGCCACAGUACUUGGGGUUUGUUCGGGUCAGAAUUAUGUUGCCUCUGGAAAACUACUUCAUGGAUAUUCAAUCAAAAGUGGGAUGGAGUCCUCUGUUCCUGUAGGGAACGCAAUCAUUACAAUGUAUGCAAAGUGUGGUGAUACUGAGAAAGCUAGCCUUGCAUUUAGAUUGAUGCCGCUUAGAGAUAUCAUAUCAUGGACAGCCAUGAUCAAUGCAUUCUCUCAAAACGGAGACAUUGACAUGGCACGCCAAUGUUUUGAUAUUAUGCCUGAGCGAAACGUCAUAACUUGGAAUUCCAUGUUAAGCACGUAUGUCCAGCAUGGGUUUACAGAAGAAGGGAUAAAAUUAUAUGUUUUGAUGAUGAAAAGCAAAGAAGUUAAACCGGAUUGGGUCACUUUUGCAACCUCUAUCCGGGCAUGUGCUGACUUGGCAAUUGUAAAACUUGGGACACAAGUCAUAUCUCAUGCCAUGAAGUUUGGGCUCAGUUCGGAUGUUUCUGUUGCAAAUAGUAUUGUCACUAUGUAUUCAAGAUGUGGGCAAGUCAAAGAAGCACAAUAUGUUUUUGACUCAAUACAUGUGAAAAGCCUGAUUUCCUGGAAUGCCAUGAUGGCAGCAUUUGCACAAAAUGGUUUAGGCAACAAAGUAAUUGAAACAUUUGAGGAUAUGUUGAGGACAGGGUGCAAACCUGACCAUAUAAGCUACGUUGCUGUUUUAUCUGGGUGCAGCCACAUGGGGCUUGUAGCUGAAGGGAAACAUUAUUACGAGUCCAUGACUCAAGUGUUUGCCAUUUCUCCAACAAAUGAGCACUUUGCUUGUAUGGUAGAUCUGCUUGGUCGAGCAGGGUUACUAGACCAGGCCAAGAAUUUAAUAGAUGGAAUGCCUUUUUAUCCAAAUGCCACAGUUUGGAGUGCUCUACUAGGAGCAUGCCGAAUCCAUCAUGAUUCAAGACUAGCUGAAACAGCCGUGAAGAAGUUGAUGGAAUUAAAUGUUGAAGAUUCUGGAGGUUAUGUUCUUCUAGCAAAUAUGUACGCCGAGUCAGGGGAGUUAGAAAAUGUUGCUGAUAUGAGAAAGUUGAUGAAAGUUAAAGGAAUUCGAAAGAGUCCAGGUUGUAGCUGGAUUGAGGUUGAUAACAGGGUACAUGUGUUCACUGCAGAUUAUACCAGUCAUCCACAGAUAAAGGAGGUUUAUAUAAAACUGGAGGAGAUGAUGAAGAAAGUAGAAGAUACUGGAAGAUAUGUUAGUGUUGUCUCUUCUGCUCAUAGGAGUAAAAGGUACCAUAGUGAAAAGCUUGCUUUUGCUUUUGGGUUGCUUAGUUUACCAUCUUGGAUGCCUAUACAUGUAAUGAAGAAUCUUCGUGUGUGCAACGAUUGUCACUUGGUAAUAAAGUUGUUGUCUUUGGUCACCUCAAGGGAGCUUAUAAUGAGAGAUCGAUAUCGAUUUCAUCAUUUCAAGGAUGGGUUUUGCUCCUGUGGAGACUAUUGGUAGUUGAGAUAAUGAUAGGUCGACCCAACCCAAGAUCUGUACACCCAAUUUGCACUACUUUCCCAGUGGACAAAGGUCAAGUCAUCAACCCAUGAAAUUUAUCAAUUCCAGUGAGCCACUGCUUUUUAAUUCCAAUGGAAAUAGAAACGAAGAAAGUUGAUCGUAUGCCAAAAGUUGUAUGCUCCCUAAAACCCUUGUUCAAGCAUUCCUUCUUCAUUUUCUUUUUAUUGUUGUUGCUAUUGUAGAAGUACAGAGUUUGUUAGAAGAAGAAUAGUUUCCUUAUAAGUGUUUCAAAACCCUGAACCCAGCCUCGGCGUCCUAAAGGGAGAGCUUUGUUUUCUAAAGACCUUGAAAAUUCGGUAUAUUCUUUUGUGAAUAGGAAUAGGAAACGAGCGCAAACAAUUUUCAGUGCAUCAGAUUAUAUGGUAAAUGGUAGACCUGUUAUGUUUAUUUUUCUGAGUUUUUUCCUUUAUUAGUUUGAUUGUGCAAUAGUUUCCUUAUAAGUCUUCCUUCUGCGAUGAAUGUUUUGUGUUUCAAAUUAGUUAGUUUUUGUUUAGUUAUCAUAAUUAGUUAUGUUGACUUGUGUGUGGAUUUUUCUUUUGUUAUACAGUGAGUUAAUUGUUAAUAUUUGUAUUGUGGAUACAAGUUUUGUUAAGCUUUUUUCUAAGAUUUAUAAAUUAAACAUAUUUGAUAUUCUAAAAGAUACUGAAAUUUGGAAUAAUCUUGAACCAUCAAAUAGUAACUUCGGUCUAACAUGUGUUAUUUGUUAUGUUAUAUUAGGUUAUCAUGGUAAGAGACAUUAAUUAGAAUGAAAAAAUUGCUCAUUAAUAUUUAUUUUAAAAAAAGUGAAAGAUGCAAUGUGAAUAGAAAAUUGCCACUGUGGAAGGAAAAAAUGUAUUUGCCCCGCAAUUUAAUUUUAAAUUUUAAAUGCUAAUAGUGUUAUAUAAGAUCUAAAAUAAUAGUUUAUUAUAUAUUAAAGGAUAUACAUAUUUCUAUUUUUACAGUAAAUCAGUUAAAAUAAUUUAAAUAGAUGAAAUAGUGAAAAAAACUCUUUAGUGAGACAAUUUUUUAUAUGAUAGUAUAAACAAUGGGUUAAAUAUGUUUUUAGUCCCUUAAGUAUCACACGAUUUUGGAUUUAGUCCCUACUCGAAACUUUGAUGGCUUUUAGUUCUCAUAGUUUUGAAACUAUUAUAAAUAGUCCUUAAUUUUGGAUGUCGUUAACUUUUGUUUGACGUGGCUAACGGCCAGCCCACGUCUGAUGUCAGGUAUGAGUUUAUUCUCUGCCACGUUUUCUUUUCAUUUUAUUCCAAAUUUGCACACAAGUCCCUAAUUUUUUCAAUGUUUACAUUUCAGAAGGAACACUAAAAUUAGGGUUCAUAAGGAACACUGCAAUGAGGUCCAAGAAGGCGAAACCCAAUUCACCUUCUGAGCUUUAGGGAUGUCUUGUUGAGCUAUCUAGAUGUCUUGUCGACCUUAUUGGGAUGGGACAUGACACGCUAUUUUCCACCGAGUUAUCUUAUUGACCUUGGGACAUAACACACAUGUUUUAAAGGGGGCAUAUUGUUUGCCACAUCAGAAAAAAAACUAAAGACGUUGGUCAUGGAGAACUAAAUCAGUGGCUUUCUAAAAAAAUAGAAAUGAAAAUGGAUCAAAGUUUGAACGAGGGACAAAAAGUGAAAAUGAGUGAUAGUUUACAGACCAAAAACAUAUUUAACCCUUUAAUUUUACUGCCAGUAUUAAGCAAC